AUGUCUCUGCCGACUCCGCACCUCUCAUCAACGCCCAUAUCCAUUGUGCCCUCUGCGUCCGAAGUAAAGGGUGGGAGGCUCGACCAACGCAACCUUGAGAUCGCAAUCAGAGCGCUCUCUAGAGAUGGACUUGUAGUGCUGGAAGACAUAGUUGAUCAUGCAGUCUUAGACCGACUCAACAAGAAAAUGGUCCAAGAUGCACUCGAACUGCAGGCAAGGAAGGACAGUCCCUUCAACUACAAUAAAGGCAAUAUUCAGCAAGACCCUCCUAUGACCAAUGAGUGGUUCAGUGAUGAAAUCUACAUCAACCCGAUUGUCACACAAGUCACUUCAACCACACUCGGUCCCGGACCUUCGUUGCGCUUCAUGUCCGGAAACACUGCCCUGCCACCUACUGCUUCAUCACCGCCAGCUUCUCAACCGACCCACAAUGACGCAGAUUUCGAUCACCCCUCAAUUCCUUUCGCUCUCGUGGUAAAUGUCCCUCUCGUAACAAUGACACCAGAGAAUGGGUCGACGGAAAUCUGGCUCGGCACACAUCAAGGAACCACUAUUGCCGACCAAGAGGGUGAACACGGCGAUCGUGCUAGCGGAAGGAUCAAGCAGCAUCUCCUUGACGCUCGCCGCGAAGUCCGACCACCAUCUCAGCCUGUUGUCAAGAAAGGCAGUAUUGUCGUUCGCGACCUUCGGCUUUGGCAUGGAGGAAAGCCCAACCUUGGUCAAGACCCGAGAGUUAUGCUGGCAAUGAUACACUUCGCUCCAUGGUACAGGAACUCGAUGCAAGUUGAGUUUGCUAAAGAGCUUGCCGACCGGUUGUCCUAUGAAAAGACUGGUUUGCAGAUCGCUGCCACUUACGUGUCUAGUGAGAAUCUGCUUAAGAGUUACCUAAACAGGCCUUACGGCAACGCGUACGAUUUCGAUCAGACCGAGAAAAUUGAGGGCAUAUUCUGA